AUGAUUUCCGCUAAAGAAGAAGACAAUAAGAUGGAUAACGUAUGGCUUAUAGCUAACGACUCGUGUAUUAAUGGUAUCAUUGGUUUAAUGAAUUGCUUGCGAUUAGAACCGGGAGGAGAGAACUGGAGAUAUAUUUUCAAUUACGACAGCACUGGUAGUCCAAUGGAUAUAGACUUCAAUGUCAGCCCUUAUAGCGAUAUAUUGGCCAACGAUUUGGUGGCGAAUGUCGUGAAAGAGGGAAAAGUGGGAACUUAUCGACACUUAAGACUUCCCACGGAUUACGACAAAUGCCUCUCAAAUAAGUAUUACUUAAAUUCGGGUCAAUCGCGAGAUAUCGCAGGUUUGCAGUGGUUUUGUGGCAAUAAUAUACCGGUGCUUAAAAAGAUGAUUACUCCUAACAACAAAAUAAUACACAAAACACCGGUUAAUGUCUAUUACUCUGGUAUUUCAUUUCACGACGUUAUGCUCGCAACCGGUCGUAUCCCACCUGGCCCUGAACAAAUAUUCACGGACUGUUCCUUAGGUUGUGAAUAUAGUGGUCGAAAGGUUGAUACCGGGGAAAGGGUUAUGGGUUUAGAAAUGGGCCGAUCGUUCGCCACGUCUAUUAAUGCAGACAUUCAUAGCAUGACUACAGUUCCCGAGCACUGGUCUCUGGCUGAGGCGGUGACUAUACUCAGCACUUAUAGCACAUUGUAUUACGCGCUCAUCAAAAGGGCUAAUUUGAAACAAGGAGAGAGUAUACUCAUCCACUCAGCGGCCGGAGGUGUGGGACAGUCGGCUCUAAACAUGUGUCUCCACUACGGGUGCGAUAUCUAUGUGACGGUUGGGACGGAAGAGAAAAAGCAAUUCCUUGUGAAGGAGUAUAACAUUCCUGUGAACCGGAUAUUCAACUCAAGAGAUAUUCUCUUCAAGAAUCACAUCAUGAAAGCGACGAAAGGACGCGGAGUUGAUAUCGUACUGAACUCCCUGUCCGGCGACAAACUGGACGCUAGUUAUCAAUGUGUGGCCACUUCUGGACGUAUCGUAGAGUUGGGACGUUUUGAUAUGAUUCACAACAAACAGAUAGGAAUGUUUGACUUCGUAAGGGAUAUACAGUUCAUAGCAGUUGUCGCGGAUGUCCUGCUUAUGGAAAACCUGAAGUUUUUACCGGAGUUUUACGAUUGGGUUCACAAGAACUGUACGAAUGGUUGCGUAAAACCAUUCAAUUAUACGGUAUUUAAUGCCUCGGAGGCCGAGAAGGCGUUCCGAUUCAUGACAACCGGUAAACACAUCGGGAAAGUAGUCAUCAAAAUGAGA